AUGUUAGAAGGUGCAAAAUCAAUAGGUGCCGGAGCUGCUACAAUUGCUUCAGCGGGAGCUGCUGUAGGUAUUGGAAACGUAUUCAGUUCAUUAAUUCAUUCCGUGGCAAGAAAUCCAUCAUUGGCAAAACAGUUAUUCGGAUAUGCAAUCCUGGGCUUUGCUCUAACCGAGGCUAUUGCCUUGUUCGCAUUAAUGAUGGCCUUUUUGAUUCUAUUUGUUUUCUAA